AUCUCUCCUUCUCUGCAUUCUUCAACUGAUCUUACUCAAGUUCAGAUCCAAUGGAGAACGCUCAGAGAAGAUUAGCCUCUAUUUCCGGCCAUGUAGCUUCAGUAUUCCCCUCGCCUCCGGCCGACACCAUCGCUCUCCAGAGGUGCAUUUCCAUCACAAACGAUAGCUACAACCGCAAUCAUGGUGAAGUCCCUACUCAUAAACCCAUUUGGAAGAACAUCCCAACCGACGUCGAUGGCGGCCAACCUUGGACUGACAUUAUCUACGAGAAAUCCGUCGGCGAAGGCAUUGCCAAACUGACUAUCAAUAGGCCUGAGAGGAGAAAUGCGUUCCGUCCUCAAACGAUUAAGGAGCUUACUCGAGCAUUGAACGAUGCUAGAGAUGAUAUUACCAUUGGUGUAAUCAUUCUCACCGGAAAGGGAAAUGAGGCGUUUUGCAGCGGUGGAGAUCAGAAAAUGAGAGGAAAGGAAGGUUAUGUGGAUCAUGACAGCUUUGGAAGACUAAAUGUUCUUGAUUUUCAGAUUCAUAUGAAACGUUGCCCUAAGCCCAUCAUUGCUAUGGUUGCUGGAUAUGCUAUUGGAGGAGGACAUAUAUUGCAUAUGUGUGCUGAUCUUACAAUUGCUGCUGAUAAUGCUGUUUUUGGUCAAACUGGACCAAAGGUUGGAAGUUUUGAUGCUGGUUAUGGAAGUACUAUCAUGUCUAGAUUGAUUGGACCGAAAAGAGCUAGAGAAAUGUGGUAUUUGGCAAGAUUCUACAAUGCUGCUGAAGCAGACAAGAUGGGAUUGGUUAACAUUGUUGUCCCGUUGGAGCAACUAGAACAUGAAACCAUUAAAUGGUGCAGAGAAAUUAACAGAAACAGUCCAACCGCAAUUCGUGUGAUAAAAUCUGCUAUUAAUGCAGCUGAUGAUGGACAUGCUGGUAUACAGGAGCUUGCAGGUAACGCGACACUCAUGUUUUAUGGAACCGAAGAAGGUAACGAAGGGAGGAAAUCGUUUGUGGAACACAAACGCCCCGAUUUCUCAAGAUUCCCUCGUCUUCCUUGAUGACGAUGAUUUCAACUACAACAUCAUUAUUGGUGUUUGUCAAUUUAUUUGAGUUUCGUGGAAUUGUUGUUGGGAAAACUACCACUUUUAUGUUAAGAUGAAUAAGGAGGGGGCGAAUUACCUAUUCCAGAUCUUUUGUAAUUUUUUUGUUGUUGUAUGCUUUUGCACUAUUUGAAAUAAUAUUAUUGUCCGUGAC